AAAUCGGAUCAGACAAUUCGCCGUCCCGUCAGUUGCUGCUUUGAUUUGCUCGACCUCAGUCGAACAAUCAUCUGGGGAAUCCCGCUCGCUCGCUCACUCACUCAUCACCAACUAGUCAAGGCCCGCUGGAUGUGAGAGCGUGGUCGAUUUGUUGUCUGUCCAUCUGAUGUCUCUGAACGAAUGCCAUCAUCGUCGAGGUUUAUGAUCUCGUUGCCCUCGAGAAGCUUGGAGCCCGAGAGCUGCCUGCUGGGUCCAGAAGCGUGAUGAUGGCGCCAAAUGGGAAUGCAAUGCGCGAGAGAGAUGACCGUGGCAGCGUUUGAGGAGGUUGAUUAGAAGGUCUGGGAAUUUGCAGGUUUUUUUGGAGGGACGAUGAUCCAUUUGUGAACGAUAGCGAAUUGGGCUGUCGGUGUUAUCGAGAAUAGGUUGGGUGGAGAAUCGAGAGAUCGGUAGAAGGCGAGGGUGGAGAUUGAGAUUGAGCCUGAGCCUGAGCCUGAGCCUGAGACUGAGCCUGGGGCUGAAAUUUCGUGAGAGCGCAGAGAUGAGUCCCUUUGCUCAGCAGAUGGUGCAGCUGCAGCGAAUGGCGGUGUGGAAUCACAGAAGCAAGAACAUGGACGCGAGCCUGUGGAGCAACCUGCCGGAGGAUCUCGUGGACAGGGUGCUGGCAUGCCUGUCACUGCCGACCUUUUACAGAUUCCGCACAGUCUGCAAGCGGUGGAAUUCGCUCAUCACCUCGCCCAGUUUUCUGCAGUGCUGGUCGGAAAUGGCGACCGAGUGCCCGUGGCUGCUGAUGAUCAAGCGCCGCGACAACCGACUCUGCCCGGCCUACGAUUCGCUCCUCUCGAAAUGGCACGCGGUGUCGCUCAAUUUCUUGCCUCUGCAGGCGACGGAGGUCGUGGCCACCUGCGAGGGAUUGUUAUGUUUGAGGGCCGAGGUCAGUGGCUCUCUCUUCGUCUGCAAUCCCUUGACAAAGCGAUGGCGCGAAUUGCCCACCAUGCUGAUGAAGAAUCAGGCUCGAGGAAUCGUCGGCAUGACGGUGAACAAGGCCACGAAAUGCUACAAGAUCAUCGUGGCCGGCAGCAAUUCCGACCUCUACGAUCGCAAAACGGAGGUUUAUGAUUCGGCCACCGAUUCCUGGAAGCGGAGUGGUGAUCUGCCAGCCCGCACAGAUUUGAGGCCCGAGUACGCAGUGUGCCUGGGGUCCAUGUAUUUCACGACCUCGGAGCCCUUCUCGUUGCUGGCCUUCAACAUUGCGGAGGACGUAUGGCGCAAGGUGGAGGUGCCGAUGCCAUGCUCGCUGACAUGCUCGAGGCUGCUCGUGAACAAUGGGAUUCUCGUCCUCGUCGGAGGAGUGGGCAAGAACGGAAUCUCCCGGAGCUUCUGCAUCUGGAAGCUGGAGAAGGAGACGAUGGAGUGGCAGGAGUGCGAGCGAAUGCCCGACUAUCUGUGCAGGAAAUUCCUCGCCAUGUGCUACCACAAUUACGAGCACAUCAGCUGCAUCGGCCAUAUGGACCUCAUCUGCUUGGCCUCCUUCAGCUGGCCCGAAACCUUGGUCUACGAUGCGUCCCUCAAGUCGUGGCAUUGGCUGCCUCGAUGCCCUCUCACUCCUCUCCAAUCCGGCGGCUUCAGCUGGCUCUCUUUCCAACCUCGCCUCGAUGCUGCAGUUUGAUGCUUGCAGGGUUUGACCGGCCAUUGUACAUUUCGACAAUUUCCUUGUCCCUCUUUUUGGCCCUCGUGCUAACUAACAUUCUGCCGAAUGUUCAUAGAUUGUACAUUUUGUACAUGCUCUCGUUGUUAAUAGAAGGGCAAUUUUCCCGAGCGAGCGAGCGAGAGAGCUUGCUUGCUUGCUUUCGGAUGGGUCUGUAAAUACCUGCAUCCUUUCAGAUUGCGAUUCCCGAGAAGAUUGAUUGAUUGUUAGAUGUGGUUUUAGAUGAGCGCUUCCUUCCGGUGGAGGAGGUGAUUUUGUACCAUGUCUUGGAAACUUGGCGUUGAUCGCCUCGACCAUUUUGCACCGCCUUCGGUAAUAUUUGACAGUCAUCCCAUCCAUCA